UCGCCACGGCAACCUGCCAACGGCAACGCAACAGCCGGGCUGCAGAUGGAGACCUGGAAGCUGUGCAGCUGCAGUUCGCCAGGCGCACAAAACAAAGGCGUUCUCUCUUUCUCCCUCUCCCGGUCCUUAAACUGAGGCAGCAAACGCAGAUCUCCCUUUUUUGCAUGCUCUGGGAGUUUUGCAAUGGAAGCCUCUUUCCUUGAAGAGGUGGCUGCCUCCUUGGUGAGAGAAUUUCUCAGCAAAAAGUGCUUGAAGAAAACCAUCGUUGUGAUGGAUGAAGAGUUGCCCCGAACAGCUCUCAGCAUCAACAACAGAAACGAGCUGCGAAAUGUCUUGCACCUCCAGUCUUUGUGCAAGCAAAAUAAGGCAAGGGAGAAUCCCUUGAAAACCCUCCUUGAAGUCAUGGCCAGCUAUUUUCUGGAGCGUAUGAGCGGCUCCAAGUGCGUUAAGGGGAGCCCGCCAGCCCCACGGAAGAAGCUCAGCCAGCCCAGGUGUACAGAGGACUCUGUCCUGAAGAAUUAUCUCUCUGAUGAAGAUGCCCACUUGCAAACUGGGCCUGGAAAAAGCAAAACCGAGACCUAUAGCUACGAGAUCGAUGGGGAAAUAAUCUCCAAGCGAGACCAGCACAAGAAAAGCGAAAAGUGCAAAUCUGGGACGGCAUUCGAGAGCACCUCACCUUCUGAGGGAGAGAAACUGGCGAGCCAUCACUACGGGGACUUGAGGACACCUGAGCUGUCUUUGAAUGCCACGAGGGAGCAACCCCAAGCCAGGAGCAGUGGUCUAUUUGGCACAGGAACGGUGGCGGCCCCCCCAGUCAACUCUCCAGAGGACUCCUUGAAAAGACGCCGCACGAAACAACCAUCUGGAAUCCGGAGAACAUUUAAACACGGAGAGGAAAAGGAAACCGGGGACCGUUUGGCCGCGGCAAUGGGGGAUUCGCAAGAGUGCGCCGGAAUCUCCAGGCCAUCUGCAAAUCUCUUUUCUCUGCACCUCGGCCAUUCCAUCGACGUAACCAAGGACUAUUCAUCCACGAUCCUGACUGGCCCGUACGCAAAUGCCGGCGGGGAAGCGGCAAGAAAUUCAGCCCAAAGCAUCGAAGGCCCGUUCGCCAAAUUGAUGUCCGAAAGACGCCCAGUUGAAGAAAGGAAAGCUGCGCCCCUGUAUCCUGCGGAGGUGAAUAAGGGGAGCAGCCGCUUGAACUUUCUUCCGAGGCAGAUGGGAGCUGACCGUGAAAGGACAGCGAGAUCCACACCAAAGAGCGAACCUCAAAAUACAGAAUUCAGAAAGAUGCCUGUGUCCUCUCCCAGCAGAGACAGCUUGAACCAAGACGCUCUGCAACUAGUUGAUGUUGAGGACGAAGAAAAUUUGGAGGACGUCUACAUGAUCCCUGACUCUUCUGCUCUGUGUGCUGUCCAAGUAACGUCAAAGCCCAUUGACUACUAUCUUGCAAGGGACCUGAAGAUCCUGUUGUUUGGCUCCAGCCUCGGCUGCUUCAGCGAGGAAUGGAAAAUACAGAGCUUUAUGUUUAACGACAACCCUCAGCUGAAGUAUGGCAUUGUGCAAAAAAAGGGUGGGCCGUGCGGGGUCCUGGCAGUAGUCCAAGCCUGCCUCCUGCGACAUCUUAUCUUUGGAGACAGCAGCAGGAACAACGAUACGUGGCAGUGCCUCCAAGUGUCGGCAGCUACCAGAACCCAGUGCCUCACUCUGGCCAUCGCCGGCAUUUUGUGGCGCGGAGGCGGCCGCAGGAAAGCCACGAUUGCCUUGUGUACUGGAACGCAGCAGUUCACUCCUGUAGGGAAAUACAAAGCAGAUGGGAUCUUGGAAACGCUGAUGUUGCACGUUGCCACAAGUUACGAAGACCUGCUGAGGUUCCUGCAACAAAAUAUUCACCAGUUUGAAGCUGGUCCGUACGGGUGCAUUCUUCUGACUUUGUCCGCGAUACUAUCAAGAUCCAUCAAUCAAGUACGUGGAGAUUUUGACGUGAUCACAAACCGGCUGAUUGGUGCACAUGGGUACUGUACACAGGAACUAGUCAACCUUCUCCUGACUGGCCAAGCCGUGUCCAACGUUUUCAACGACGUGAUGGAGCUGGACUCUGGGAACGGCAACAUCACCCUCCUGAAAGGCGUCUCUGGCCGCAGCGACAUCGGCGUCCUGUCCCUCUUUGAGCACUACAACAUCUGUCAGAUACCUCACAGCCUUACAUCGAAGGAAAAGAUAAUGACCUCAUCCCUCCGCUGGAACACUGCAUUCGGACCAAGUGGAAAGGCGCCGUCGUCGAUUGGAACGGCACAGAACCCAUCCUGUGAUCACUGUGGCCUGCAAACGACUGAGAACCAGCCCGUUCCCACAGCGAUAGGAAACCCCAGAAGGUGCCGUGUGUGCUUCCAUCGCACGCGACGAGGCCGAAGGACGUUUCAGGAUUCCAUCUGGCGCACCGUGCGCUCCUCCUCCCAUUGUUGUAAACAAGCGGCCGUGCGCACACGCGCACCUGGGCCUGCGCUGCGUGCCGCGUGUGAAAAUGGAGAGCCAACCUUGACAGCCAAAACAAGCUGCGGGGAGAGAGCAGUAAAUCUGUCAACAUCUACUCAAGUUCCGUUUCUGAAUCCAAUCCACGUCCUGCGAUUGUAUCUGCUUCUGAACAACGCCGACUGCGCCCACAGUUGGCUGUUUUUCACUGUCUCCGUUCUAAAUCAAGGAAACCGGAGUGCACAAACACACAAAAAUGAGAGAAGAAACUGUUCUUCCUAAUAGUGUGAUCAAGCAUUAGGCUAACUUAGUGGCUCCCCAAACACUCUGGACCAAAGGGUAUCACUGCCAACGCUUAUUAUCAUUUUCCCUCUUUUUUUCUUCCCCUUUUGUUUGUCCUUUGACUCUUG